AACACCGUUUAAGUACACGUGUGAUAGCAGAAGUGAGUGCUGUCGUAAGCGGGCUGAGAAAAGUUGUGGGCUUAGGCCUUAAAUCAUUUCGAUUGACUGAUAACCCUGUUGUUGUCAUUUUGUAAAGUGAGUGUAUUGCUGAAAAUGUGGAAGUCGUAUAGUCUAGUUUUGCUUGUGUUUGUGGCAGUAGAAUACUGCUUUGCUUUGUAUAGCAAAACAUCUGAUGUAGUUGAGCUCACAGCCAGCAAUUUCCAAGAUAAAGUUAUUAACAGUGAUGAUCCUUGGCUAGUAGAAUUUUACGCACCUUGGUGCGGCCAUUGCAAAAACCUUGUACCAGAAUGGAACAAAGCAGCUACUGCUCUCAAGGGCAUUGUUAACGUCGGUGCAGUUGAUAUGACGGCCCACCAAGCUGUUGGUCAACCAUACAAUGUCCGUGGAUUUCCAACUAUUAAAGUAUUUGGAAGCAACAAGAAAAAACCCACAGAUUAUCAAGGAGGAAGAACAGCAGAUGCUAUUACAUCUGAAGCCUUAAAAGUGGCUACACAAAUUGUCCAGGAUCGACUUGGAGGCAAGAAAUCCAGUGGAGGAGGAAGCAAGUCAAGUGGAGGAGGCAGCGGGGGAUCAGGCGGGGGACAGAAAAAAGGAGAUGGAAAGGAUGUUAUAGAGUUGACCGAUUCCAACUUUGAAGAGCUGGUUAUAGGAAGUGAAGACCAUUGGUUGGUUGAGUUCUUUGCGCCUUGGUGCGGCCACUGCAAGAACCUGGCCCCAGAAUGGGACAGCGCUGCUACUCAACUCAAGGGCAAAGUGAAGCUUGGAGCCCUUGAUGCGACGGUUCAUACAAUUGUAGCUGGAAGAUAUGGGGUUCGUGGAUACCCAACUAUUAAAUAUUUUGCUCAUGGUAAAAAGAACGGCGAAGCUGAAGAUUUCAAUGGAGGUCGUACUUCAGGUGACAUUGUUAACUGGGCAAUGGAUAAAUUCGCAGAGACUUUGCCACCCCCAGAGGUUCUUGAAAUCAUCAAUAAGGAAGUGUUAGACACAGCUGCAGCUAAUCCUCUUUGUGUGGUUUCUGUUCUACCAGACAUCUUAGAUACUGGAGCUGCUGGUAGAAACAAAUACUUGGAAAUUUUACAAGAUGUAGCUGACCAAUAUAAAAAGAAAGGAUGGGG